AUGCCAGAAUUACUUCCAAUAUCAGAAGAAGAGUUGGUAAAGAUAUCUGUCGAUUGUUACACAAAAUUUCUUCAUGUAAAAAAGGGUGAUUGUUUUGAUACAAAGGAAGAUUUGAAGAUAGCUUUGUAUACGAAGUGUGUGGAAGAUGGCUAUCAGCUAGUUGUUGACCGAUCAACUAAAGAUCGUUUUGAAAUAAAGUGUAGGCAUGAUAAGAAAUGUACGUGGCGAAUGAUUGCAAAGAGGAUAAAAGAUUGUGAAAUGUUUGAAGUAAGGACUUUCAUUGAUCAACAUACUUGUUCAAGAACCCAACUUUAUCCUCACCAUAGACAGGCAAACAAAAAGGUGUUGGAUGGAUUUUUGGUUGAGUUAAUGUUUGUGAAAGGAAGGGUAUAUAGGGGUCAUGAGAUCAUGACCGACAUGAAUGCCCGGUUCAAGAUUAAUAUCUCAUAUUCUCAAGCUUGGAGAGCAAAGUGUUAUGCCUUGGAAUUGUUGAGGGGGUCACCAGAAGAUUCAUUUGCCCAACUGGCAGCAUAUUGUCACAAUUCGAAGCUGAAAAAUCCCGGGUCGAUAACUCAUAUCAAAACAGACAGAGAUGGACGUUUUGAAUUGUUGUUUAUUGCCAUUGGUGCAGCGAUACGUUCAUUUGUUUCUUUCUUGCGGCCGGUUAUUAUAGUUGAUGGGGUACAUCUAAAAGGUCGAUAUCUUGAAACAAACUUAUUAGUAGUAGGCAUGGAUGCUAAUAAUGGGAUACUACCAAUAGCUUACGGGGUUGAAAAAUCUGAAACCUCUGAAUCAUGGACAUGGUUUAUGGGGCAUCUUAGUAAUUGCAUAGAUAAUGUUAGCAAUUUGACAAUCAUUUCUGAUAGGGCGAACUCAAUUGAUAUGGCUAUAAGAAGGUGUUUUCCAAAUGCUUUUCAUGGGCUUUGUGCUUGUGCUCGAACACUACAAGAGGUUGGGUUUGAAAGUGGUCAAGAGUACACGCACUUGGAGCAAGAAACAUUGGAACAUCGUGUUACACCAUGGACAGAAAAAAAAAUUGCAAAACGUGUUGUGAAGUCAACAUCAUGGAGAGUUGAACCAUGUUCAAAUACAUUGUUUCAAGUUAUAGAUCAUAAGCUGAAUGGACUUGUUGAUCUUGAUGCAAAGACGUGUACUUGUGGGAAAUGA